UUAGGAAUUAUAAGAAUGAUUUGUUCAGCCACCGAAGUAAAGAGUUGGAUAGAGAGUUAAUGGGGAUUGAACAGAAUAAUUAACUGAAUGUGUUGAUUAAUUCGUGUUUAAAAACUUGUUUCUGGAUUUUUUAUGCUUCCGUCUGCACUUCAAACUCUUGAAUAUUUGAUACGAAGACACAAGAUUCACGUGUACAACAAUGAGGGUUUGAUAUUGUGCGCAUUGCCAUACCACGACACACAUGCAUUUGUUCGAGUAGUACAGAUACUUGAUAUAAGGAAUGGUACAUGGGGGUUUCUGGAGGGUGUGAAGGUCUCUGGUGCACCGCCACCUAGAAUGGUUAUAGUGCAACAAUGCCGUCGUGAUAAGGGUGUAUUAGAAGUUCCAUGCAACUACGCAUCUCCAUCUAAAAAGUCUCAACCUUCGAAGAAUGUAAUUGGCUUUUGUACUGCCGUUUUCAUUGAACUUUUGGGGACUGUUGUGACCGUUGAUGAUGAUAUUGUCAAGAGAAUACUUCCUUUUGUGGUCUCUGGUCUUCAGUCAGGUGUUAAGGGGCUUUCAGAUCACAAGGCCGAUCCAUUGAUGAUAGUUGGCUUACUUGGGAAUAAAGCUGCAUUGGCUUCUAAACUUUUGAAUAUUUUGAUACGUUCAGUUGCCGAGGUUGCUCGGGAGGAGGCUAAUGCGUUGAUAGAUCUUCAUUGGUUUCGGUUGUCCCUUACUGCCUUAAUCAAUCUUGUCCGGUCCCAAAAUGUUCAAAUACUUCCAAUAAAGGCCUUGGAGAUUUUAAAGGAACUAAGGGAUCUGCCAGGGGUUUUAUUAGAAUUGUCCAAGGAGUUCAACAUUGAAAAGUUUCUUGUUGUUUUAUUGGACUCCCUAAUUGACUGCAGUUCUAAAGAUGAAUACUGCCAGCAGGCUUUGCUGUCCUUGAUAGAAAAGGUCCCCAUAAAUGAUUCUGUUCAUCAUGUGGUCACCAAAAUCCUAUCAACUUGUGUGAAACUAUCGCAAAAGUUGAUGACUCGAUUUCUUUGAUGUCAG